CGCACAGCGUGAAUGGUUGAAAGAGUCUUUGUCAGCUGAUCAGAGGCAGAGCAACAACAACAUUUACUAAACUAAGCAUACAGCAGAGUCUCAAAAGAAUUUCUAAGGGGAUAUCUGUAUAUAUUAUUGUUGGCGGAGAAAUCAACAACUGAUCAAGCAAAGAAGAUGCUGGGAAAUAGCUUGUUGCCAUUUGUGAGCUGUCUUGUCAUAGUUGUUAUGAGUGCAAGGAGUGAGUUUGACUUCUUUGCAUUUUCUCAACAAUGGCCUCCUUCAGUAUGCAUCGAUGCGUCUUCAGAGCAUAAAUGUGUCAUUCCGGAAGAGGUGACUGCAUGGACCGUUCAUGGCUUAUGGCCCAACAGCCGCAGUGGUAACGAGCCCAGUAACUGCAACAGCUCCUGGCCAUUCAAUUAUGAUGACAUCAAGUCAUUAGAGGCCAAUCUGACUGCACAAUGGCCUAACCUGUUCACUGAUACACCGAAAAACGACUUUUGGGAGCAUGAAUGGGAGAAACAUGGGACCUGCGCCACCAGUCUGCCAGCCACUGACAAUGAGUUACACUUCUUCACUACAGCCCUUCAACUCAACACAAAGCUCAGAUUACAACAGGUGCUGAAGGUUUUUGAUGUCAUCCCCUCAAAGGACACAGGCUACAAUGCAACUGAAGUCAGCAAUCUGUUGGAGAAAUAUUUUGGAUCAGCUCCAGUGUUGCGGUGCACAUACCAACAGGCAACAAAGAGGCAGUUUUUCCUCGAGAUUGAGAUCUGUUUUGACAAGUCCUUCAAGCUGAUGGAUUGUGGAUCCGAAUUCCAAGCCACCCUGGCUAACCUGACCCAGGCUGAAGAGUGCCGAUCUUCGGAAAUAACCUACCUCUAUCCGCUUCCUUCUUCAAGUUCUACGAAAAGGAAUUAAAUCUACAUUUUCAAUAAUAAUAUAUUUUUGUAAGUUUCAGCAUAACAUACUUUACUUG